AUGCAUUCUUCUAAGCAGUUAUAUGCCCGAUUGUCUGAGCUUCUUGGACUUCACGAUCAUCUUUUGUUGUUGAAUGUGAUUGUUGCAAAAAUAGCUACUAAUCUCAAGUGUUAUGCGGAGAGUGAGGAGGUUAUAGAUCACACCUUAAGUCUGUUCUUGGAUCUGGCUUCUGGAUAUAUGACGGGAAAGCUACUUCUGAAAUUGGAUACUAUCAAAUUUAUAGUUGCACAUCAUACUAGGGAGCACUUCCCAUUUUUGGAAGUGUAUAGAUGCUCUCGCAGCCGGACAACUUUCUACUACACUAUUGGAUGGUUAAUCUUUAUGGAGGAUAGCCCAGUGAAGUUUAAGUCUUCAAUGGAUCCACUUUUGCAGGUUUUCAUCAGUUUGGAAUCGACACCUGAUGCAAUGUUUCGAACUGAUUCUGUGAAAUAUGCAUUAAUUGGGUUGAUGAGGGAUCUUAGAGGAAUUGCAAUGGCCACAAAUAGUCGCAGAACUUACGGGCUUCUAUUUGAUUGGUUAUAUCCUGCACACAUGCCGAUUCUUUUAAAAGGCAUCUCUCAUUGGGCAGAUACACCAGAGGUUACAACCCCAUUGUUGAAAUUUAUGGCUGAGUUUGUGUUAAACAAAGCUCAGCGCUUGACGUUUGACUCUUCUUCUCCUAAUGGUAUACUUCUUUUCCGAGAAGUCAGCAAAUUACUUGUUGCAUAUGGGUCAAGGAUUUUCUCUCUCCCAAAUGCUGCUGAUAUUUAUGCCUUCAAAUACAAGGGAAUCUGGAUAGCUUUAACUAUUCUUUCAAGAGCUCUUGCUGGAAACUAUGUGAACUUUGGUGUGUUUGACCUAUAUGGUGAUAGAGCACUUGCUGAUGCACUGGAUAUCGCUCUGAAGAUGACACUUUCAAUUCCGCUGUCCGAUAUAUUGGCUUAUAGGAAGCAUGUGAUUGUUGCUUCUUUCUCUUAUUUUGUUUUAUUGAUUUCUGGUGAGGUUUAUCUUGCAUUACUAGCUUUUGCUUUAAAUUUCAAGGCUGUUAUUGACAGGAAUAUACAUUAUUAUCUUGACAUCAAGUUUAUGUCCUAUUCCAUUGCUUCUCCUCCUCCUCCUCCUCUUCCUCCACUUCUAAUUUUUAGCUCUUAUGGAUAA